AGAGAUAGGGAAGUUCUUUAGUGCUGUGCGAGGAAAUCAGAGAGGAAGCAUAGGCUUACAUGAUGGCUCUCACUCUUUUAUCCAUCUUGAUUGCUGCCAUCCCUGUGGCCUACUGCUAUCCAACUGCCUUCCAGGACCUGAAGGAGAUAAGUAAAAACAGAACCUCCAUCAAGUUCUUGGCCGUGGGCGACUGGGGUGGAGUCCCCUAUCCCCCGUACAUCACCGCUGUGCAGAAGGCUACAGCCCGAGAAAUGAGCAAAGUAGCAGAGCAGAUGGGAGCUGACUUUGUUCUGGCCCUUGGCGAUAACUUCUACUACAAAGGUGUGGACAGUGUGGAUUCUCCUCGGUUUAAGGAAACGUUUGAGUCUGUGUACACUGCAAAGUCUCUCAAUGUCCCCUGGUAUGUUCUUGCUGGCAAUCAUGACCAUGCAGGCAACGUCAAAGCCCAGAUCGACUACAGCAAAAAAUCUGACCGAUGGAAAUUCCCCUCUUACUACUACGAGUUGAACUUCCGCAUCCCCAACACUGGGAAGACCCUGACCAUAAUCAUGCUCGACACUAUCAUGCUGUGUGGCAACUCUGACGACUAUGUGGACGAGAAGCCCCGAGGACCCCUGCGUGCAGUGGACGCCAAUCGUCAGCUGGCUUGGCUGCAGGAGAGACUGGCUCGGUCCAAGGCAGACUUCCUGUUGGUGGCAGGCCACUACCCUGUGUGGUCGGUGUCUGAACACGGGCCCACAGAGUGUCUCCUGCAGAGGCUUCACCCCCUCCUGAUUAAAUAUAAGGCUACUGCUUAUCUCUGUGGGCAUGACCACAAUCUGCAGUACCUUGAAGAGUCUGGUGUAGGCUACGUGGUGAGUGGUGCUGGAAACUUCCUGGAUCCUGACGUCCGCCACUGGAAUCAUGUCCCCAAAGGUUCACUGAAGUUUUUCACCGGACAAGCUUCGACGCUGGGAGGCUUUGUCCACGCAGAGGUCACAAAGAACAAGAUGGUCGUGACCUUCUUCCAGGCUAAAGGCACUUCUCUCUAUCGCACUGUCCUCUCUCAAAGGGAGUUUGAGUAGCUGGGAAUGGACCGGCGGACUACAGCUUAGGUACAAUGUCUGUCUGCAGUAUAGAUGAAAACCAAUCACUGUAAAUCCUGUUUUUAAAAAGAAAAAAAUACGAAUUUAACAUUUUUAAAAAGAAUCGAUUAGUUUUACAUGUGAAUAUAUUGUGAUUAAAAUAAAUGCUGUUUGUAAUGAAA